GAAAUUGAACUGCAACUUGUGAAAGGCUUUCUCGACAAGUAAUUUUAGAGUUCUGGCGCAUGGCUGAGACACCUAUUGUUAUUGAUCCGCUGCGCGAUUCACUUCUCCAUGAUGGAACUUCUCUCCCCUCUGACAAUAUCAGCGUUCUCUCUACCACGGUGAAAUACUACUGUCAAAGGACUGUCAAGUGUGUAGGAAAACGACUCCAGCAGGUUCUACCGCUGUCCUCACCUUGUGCACCAGUAUUCUUAGACAAAUCGUCAUGAUUCACUCAAUCAUCUCCAGAAAAUUCGUCAUUCUCUGGUGCCUCUUCUCCACUACCGUCAGUUUACCAUCAUCACCACCAAAGAAAAGUUACGAUGAUUUCUACACGACGAGUAGACCCAGUAGGACAAUCGUAGAAUUGAAAAUUACUCCUCGACCAAUUCCGAAGAGUAUGGGGUUGUUGAAGACUACAACCAGUGAGGCUUCCACCACCACUGCAGUACCACAAGCUCCCAAAAUAUUGUCGGGAGGUCCAGUACUCUAUAGGCUCAACAGCCCUGAUGGACGUGCAUGUAUUCUACUUCAAGUGGAUGCGCUUGUUUCGGCCAAGUAUCGUACAACAUUUGGAGAUGAGCGUACCGCAAAUAUUUAUAUACCAGAUGAUGCCACUGUUACUGGAAACUGUGAGAAGGAGAACUUUGUCACUAUGUCACUCAAGUGGGAUGCCUACGUGUUAUCCUGGAGCUUUGCUAAGACCCCGGGGGGCGAGAGGUGGUACGUGGAUAAAAUCGAGUUGACUUAUAACUCCAGUGACCGUCAUUUCGAGCACAUCGAUCAACCCAAAAAAACGAUUCGACUCAGUACCAAUCAGAAAUAUAAUCCAACACUGUUUCCAACACCGGUUGGCAAGUCCUUCACCUGCGAGGAAAUCGAUCUUCCCCUUUCAGACGGAAAAAAUAAUGCCACCCUGGAGCUGAGAGAAAUACAACUGCAGCCAUUCAAGUUCAAGACUAACGAUUUUGCCGAGUCUUUUUCUUGCAAAUCAUUGAGCGCACGAGCUGGGAGGGAUGAAACAGCUCCAGUGGCUGUUGGAUCAACCCUAGCCGCUGCAGUACUACUAACUAUCACUGGCUACGCUGGAUGGCGAUACUUCAAAAUUAAAAAGGUCAAGUACGAUACGAUGGAGUAAAUUUUUACUGUUAAAACUGAAUGGAAAAUACGUCAAAAUAAGAUACUAAAUUCCUACAAUUCUUGGCCUUAGUUUUAAUCGAUAUAGAAUUCAUCUAGAUUUUCGAAUACAACUGAAUAUUAGGGCUAUGUGAAUUUAUGAAUAAAAAUCAUAGUUUGUCUGUGCAGUUCAAACCAAAAUUAUCACUACAAAAGUAACACUGCAAUUGCACUGGAAGUGAAAAUUUUUAUUAUUAUGGAAUCGUUAAUGGAUUGAGUUCUGAAAAUUGUUUGGAGUUUGUAUUAUGAGUCCCCUUCGAAAAUCCAUAUCUAUAAUUCAUUCUUUUACCUCAGGACUAUAUCUCCACGUAACUUUUUUUCCACUUUUCAUUCUCAGGCAAAUACUGUCCACAAUAUGUGAAUGCUUUAAUGAUAAUUAUUAUGCUAAUGUAAUUAUGCACUUUCGUAUUUAUUUUUUGUUAGUUUGAAUAUCUUUCUUACUGUUGAAUUAUGUGGGGAUGACUUUGAAAAAUCUCCCAUGUCAUAUAUCAAAAUGUGAUUUCCAAAAGUCUUCUAGUUCGAUUGAAUUCGAUUAUUUUCUAUUCAAUUCUACUUUGCUUUUCUUCGACGUAUUUUUUAAUUUUCAUAACUCAACAAUACUCAUGAAUACAAAGUAUUUAGAAAUAUCCAUGUUUCCUGGAGCAAUGAGGUAUAAAUAAUUGAGCAAUUAGACUUUUUAUUAAUUAAUAUCAAAAAUCGAUUAUUGUCCAAACCAAUCUCUCGACAAACCUUCACCGCUUUCGUUAGUGAAAUCCAAAAUUUUUAUCGCAAAAUAGUCAAUACGAUCUAGAAUUAAUUGGACAAUUUAAUUGCCGGAUAUCAAUUGCAUUGCCCAAUAAACUAUGAUUAAAAACAAUGAUUCGUUUGUGACAAGCGAAAUCUAAGAAAAUCGCAAACUCCAAUGGUUGUAUGGAUAAUAAAAAAUAUGAAGAACAUUUGUGAACGAAUAACGUGCGUACCACGUUCUUUAAUCUUAAAAAACAAUCAUCAACCCUCUCAUGCAAGGACGCACAAAACAUAUCGAUGUGAGUGGAGUAGAGAGUGCGUGGGGUUGAGAGCGUUGGAAGAAAUUCAGGGUGCGCCACUCACACGCAUAUAUAAACUGGAAGAGUAAAACACCACUUUGUCCGUGAGGAAGUUGAAGAAUAAAUUAUUUAACAUCGUCAAUAUCAGCAUAUCAAGAAAUACUACUUGUGAUGAGAAAAUCUCAUUGUCUAAUUCAAUAGUUUUUAAUAAAACAAGCGCAUUUCGUGGUUAUUCCUCAAUGAAAGGUAUCUCGGAUUUACUUGAGGACGAAGUUCAUCUAUCUCAUCUAUUUUCUAGGAAAAACUCAUACAGCCCAGACCGAAUAAAAUGAAAAAAUAAUUUAUUUCAAGAACUUUCAAGAAAAAUCAAUUAGACUCUGGAGUGUGAUAAGAAUUAUAAAGUCAUUUACAAAAUUCUUGAUGCCGUUGAUAGAUAUCAGUGAUAAUUAAUUCAAUUUAUUAAAUGCUUUUCAAUCAACGUUCACAGUUUGUUUUUCCGAAUUUCGUUUAACUAAAUUCUGAUAGAUUAAAUUCGAGAUACCUUUUUGCAAAUCAACGUAAAAUACUCUUAUUUUAUUAGAAAAAAUCCAGUUUAGAUUUCGCUAGGUGUAAAAUAAUGUAUUGUACUACAAGUUUUUAAACCGGCAGUUUUCCAUGCGCCAGCACAGCAUAUCAUUUCCAUUACUAGUGUAGAAAAUGAUCGUUUGCGCAUUUUUAAACGGAAGAUCGUAUUUCGAUACGAGUGAGACAGGAAUUUUCAACUCGUGUGAUUGGCACUCCUGGACUUCUGCCCGCACGAAGAGAAAAUAUUCGUUCCUGAUCUUCAGAAAUAACGUGGCUGUUCCAUAAUCCAGAACGUUCAGGAAAAACUAGGGAACGUUCAGUGAAAAAAUGCGAACCUCUUUCGUAAUUUUCACUGAAUACUGUUUUAACUGGCAGAUUAUGGAACAGGCACGUAAUUUUUAAAUAAUUUUUCUCUCCGUACGGGCUACCAACUUCACACCUGUGAAACACUCACUGCAUUUGUAUCGAUAUAUGCUAUUUCUGUACUGCUUCUCAUAAUUUCUCGUCUGAAUGUUGGUACUGCAUAGCUCCAAAACUCCCAAAUCAGCAACGAUGGGAUUUUGCAGACGAGUGGUUGGCCAGUCCUCGUCUUCCCUGAUCCGCUGCGAGGCAUCGCCAACAGUCGCCCGAGGGUCGGCCAACAUUGUUCAACAGUUGGCCGAAACUCGGUCCACUGUUGGCUACUCCCCACGUCCUAUCAGGGUUUAUUCCGGAAUGCCAACUUCACACUUGUCCAAAAACGUUGUGGCACUAGGUGCGAACAUCUUUCCGUCGUGAGUUGGACUUUUGCCAGUUCGGGAAAGGGCCAGUACCACUCCCAGGACUGGAAAAAGUACCUUUUCAAUGCCGGCGUAGUUCAGUCCUUGGAGAGGGUGGCUAGAUUUUUUAUUUCUUUCAAAAAUGUAAUCUCGAGGUCGUGGGAAAAAUUCGCUUUACGAAAUCGCGUUCGGUUUGCAUAGCGUUAAGUUGAUAUGGAAUAGGUGAAGAAUCCAAGCGCUUUCGUUGCGAAAAUCCAUCAUUUUUCCGUCGAAUCCUAUGGACUUCUGUCGGAAUGAUCAAGCUACGAAGUAUAUUGACAAAAAACAUGUGCUGAGGGAAGAUUGUUGCUGACAGAAAAUAACUGAAACAAUUCUUGAAAAAUACUCUUUAAAUUUUUCAGUGUUUUUAGAGUACAAUAUAUUUCUCCCUAAAACAUAAGCGACAUUGAAAUAUCUGAUUCCACAAAAUUUCGCACCGUAAGCGCUUGCAUUGAUGGUUAAACAUUUCUUACGCGUUAUUAGUUGUACAAAAAAUUUUAAUAAAUCAAAGCCCUAUAAGGCAGCUAAGCUGAAUGGCUAUCGCAAUCCCUGAAACUCUCUUUAAUAUUCAUUCCCAUAUGCAUAAAAAACAUGCCUAUAGAUGGUGCUUGAAAUGAUAGACUCGAAACUGUUUUUAUGUACUCUAUUGGGUUUCUAGAAGUAUUUAUAGGAAAGAAAAAAAAAUCUUAUUAUCCUAUUAUUCAAUUAAUUCAAGACGUAGCAAAAUAAAUCAAAUUGCAUCUUGCGAUCAUGCAACGUCGAUUCAAUUUUUCCAGAGUCAAUAAAUCUUUGUCAAACUAUUCGUGAAUGAAUAAAAUACUCUGUCUAUUCACUAAGCUGAUUAAGAAAAGCAUGUUGAUAACAAUUCACUUGGUUAAUUAUCCAUGAAAACAGAUGAAUAUAUAUUAUACAUAUCCUCACUAUUUUUCCCUCAAUUAGUUUCGGGGGAAAAAAAAACAUCGUUACAUUAUUCGAUGCGUGCGGGUGUGAUUAACACGCAUAAUUAUAUAAUUUUACCUGUUUACAUGUACAUAUUUAUUGUCAUGAAUGAAAUAUAUAUUAUAUAUUCGCAGAA